AUGGACGACCUCUACGAUGAGUUCGGCAACUUCAUCGGCGAAGAGGCCGCCGCAUCUGAAGAGGCUUCCGAGGCGGGCGUUGAUGCCGGCGACUAUGUCUACGACGACGAGCACGGCGAAGCCGUUCCGGGUGACGAGCUCAUGGAUAUUGACGAGGGCCCUUCCAACGCCGUCAUCCUCCACGAGGACAAGCAGUACUACCCGACCGCCGAGCAGGUGUACGGCGCCGACGUCGAGACCCGCGUCGAAGAGGUGGAUGCCUUGCCCCUCACUGCCCCCAUCAUCGCCCCCGUCGAGGUGAAAAAGUUUACCAUCGAGGAAGCCGACCUACCCCCCGUCUUCUACGACCGAGCCUUCAUGACGGACCUCAUGAACUUUCCCAAUCAGACGCGAAACGUCGCUCUCGCUGGCCACCUCCACCACGGCAAGACAGCAUUCAUGGAUAUGCUUGUCAUGGAGACGCACGACAUUGCCGACCGACUCGACAAGAAGACGGGCCGUAAGCGCGACGAGCAGCUGCGCUAUACCGACGUCCACAUCAUGGAGCGCGAGCGCGGCAUCUCCAUCAAGGCCUCGCCCAUGAGUCUGGUCCUCCAGAGCGGCAAGGGCAAGUCGCACCUCGUCAACCUCAUCGACACCCCCGGCCACGUCAACUUUGCCGACGAGAUAGCAACUGCGUUGCGCCUUGUUGACGGCCUGUGUCUGGUUGUGGACGUCGUCGAGGGCGUGCAGGUCAACACGGAGCAAAUCAUCAAGCACGCCGUCCUCGAGGAUAUUCCAAUCACCCUCAUCAUCAACAAGAUGGACCGCCUAGUACUCGAACUGAAGCUGCCCCCAAAAGAUGCCUACUUCAAGCUCAAGCACGUGGUCGAGGAGGUAAACACCGUCAUUACCAACGCCUCGCCCUCGACGGCCGUCUCGAAGCGCAUCAGUCCCGAAAAGGGCAAUGUCCUCUUUGCAUGCACCGACCUCGGCUGGUGCUUCACGCUGCCGUCGUUUGCACAAAUGUACACCGACAAGUAUGGCAACUUCAACGCCGACGACCUCGCCAAGCGGCUGUGGGGGGACAUCUACUUCAACCCCAAGAAGCGCAGCUUCACCCGCAAGCCCGUCGAGGAAAAGGCCCCAAGGUCCUUUGUUCACUUUGUCUUGGAACCCAUCUACAAGAUUUUCACCCACUCCAUCACCGACAGCCCUGCACGGCUCAAGCAGGUGCUGACCCCGCUGGGCAUCGAGCUGAGGCCCUCUCAGUACAAAGCCGACGCCGGGGUCAUCUUGAAGCUGGUGUGCGAGCAGUUCUUCGGCCCCUGCACGAGCUUCGUCGACAUGAUUGUGCGGCACAUCCCGUCUCCGGGCCAGGGCGCCGAGCGUCUCCUGGAACGCCACUACACCGGCCCGCUUGACACCAAGAUUGCCGCGUCCAUCAAGUCGUGUGACCAGGACGGCCCGCUGGUGGUGCACGUCACCAAGCUGUUCAACACGGCUGACGCAAAGAGCUUCUACUCGUUUGGCCGCGUGCUCAGCGGCACCGCGCGACCGGGCAUGGCGGUCCGGGUUCUCGGCGAGGGGUACUCGAUUGACGACGAGGAAGAUAUGACGGCCGCGUCGAUUGGUGAAGUGCUCAUUGCCGAAACGAGGUACAACAUUCCCACCGACGGGGUGCCGGCCGGCAACCUGGUGCUCCUGGGCGGCGUCGACAACUUCAUCGUCAAGUCGGCGACGAUUGUGGCUACGAAGCUGCAGGACGACGAGGACGCGCACAUUUUCCGGCCGGUGACGCACUUUACCCAGUCGGUGCUCAAGCUGGCCGUGGAGCCCGUCAACCCCUCGGAGCUGCCCAAGAUGCUCGACGGGCUGCGCAAGGUGCAAAAGUCGUAUCCGCUCAUCGACACAAAGGUGGAGGAGUCGGGCGAGCACAUCAUCCUCGGGACGGGCGAGCUCUACAUGGACUGCGUCCUCCAUGACCUGCGCCGCCUGUACGCUGACAUGGACAUCAAAGUGUCGGACCCCGUGACGCGCUUCUGCGAGACGGUGGUGGAGACGUCGGCGACCAAGUGCUACGCCAUCACUCCCAACAAGAAGAACAGGGUCACCAUGGUGGCUGAGCAGCUGGAAAAGGGCAUCGCGACCGACAUUGAGACGGGAGUCGUCAAGAUUAAGGAUCCCGUGCGCAAGACGGCCAAGUACUUUGAAGAGCAUCACGCAUGGGACAAGCUGGCUGCGAGGAGCAUCUGGGCGUUUGGCCCGGACGACAGGGGGCCCAAUGUUCUACAGGACGACACGCUGCCCACAGAGGUCGACAAGAAGCUCCUGAGCUCCGUGCGAGAGUCUAUUCGGCAGGGCUUCAGCUGGGCCACUCGCGAAGGGCCUCUGUGCGAAGAACCCAUUCGCAACACCAAAUUCAAAGUGACGGACGUCACGCUGGCCAGUGAAGCCAUCUACAGAGGCGGCGGCCAGAUGAUUCCGACAUCACGUCGCGCAUGCUACUCUUCGUUUCUGAUGGCAUCGCCGCGCCUGAUGGAGCCCUUGUACUCGGUCUCGGUCACAGGUCCGGAAGAUUCGUACAUGGAAGUCUACAACGUGCUGGCGCGCCGGCGAGGACACGUGCUGUCAGACGGCCCCGUGGCCGGGACGCCGCUCUAUCGAGUCAACGGACUGGUGCCUGUGAGUGACAGCUUUGGAUUCGAGACGGACCUGCGGAUCAAGACUCAGGGUAGCUCGAUGGUGAGCAUGGUAUUUGACAGCUGGAGCAUCGUGCCCGGGGACCCGUUGGACAACGAGCAGGUGCUCCGGCCUCUGCAGCCGGCAUCGACGCAGGCGACGGCGCGCGACUUUAUGCUCAAGACAAGGCGGCGCAAGGGGCUGAGCGAGGACGUGAGCGUCAAGACGUUCCUGGAGCCCGAGUUUUACGUGAGCUUGAUUGCGAGCGGCAUGCUGGGAGACGGGUGA